AUGGCGUUGUUUGUGGGGCUUCCGGCCUCCAACAUAGGGUCCCCAGCCACGAACUCGACCUCAGCGACCUUGGCGACCUUGGCUCGAGCACUUCUCCUUGCUCGCCUUCGCCUGCACUGCCAGGAGCGUUUCAAACACGUGGCCGACCAACUCUGCUAUGAGUUGCAUCGCCAGUCCUCCCGCUUGCGGGAGCUGGAGCUGGAGAAUGCCAGGCCAGGUUGCUUGGUUUUCCUGACCAAGGCGGCUCGAUGCUUUGUGAAUCCUGGCAUGGACUUCAAUGGAGGUUCCUCACAAGGGCUCCCAUUGGACCGGCGUUUGCACAGCAAGGGCGCGGCGAAGACCUGGGAAGCGCCUGAGGAGCUCGAAGCAGGCCACCUCUCCGAUAAGGGUUUGUCGGAGCGUGCCAUCGUCGAGCGGCGGCCCUCCCUGAAUCAGUCCCUGCGCAGCGAUCGGCGACCCAGCGGCUCCUACAGGAGUUGGUCCCAGGUCUUCACGUCUCAAGGCUAUGACUCGGAGGCGAAUGCUUCUGUGGUGGAGCCCCAAGCGCCCAACCUAGCGCAGCUGCGACAACUGACGCGAACGUUGACCCGACACAGUUUUGAGUCGGAGAUGAAACGGAGUAAGAGCCUCCGGAGCGGAAGGAGCGCCAGGUUUGCAUCGACGGAGCAGGAGCGCUUGCAGUUCAUGAUCAUGCGCGCAGAGAAGACCAGGAAAAUGGAGAAACGCCACAAAAGCUUUGUGAUCAAUCCAGAUACCACUUACCAAAUCGCAUGGCAAAUUCUCACCUCCGCUUGUAUGGCCUUUGUGGCCAUUGUAACGCCCAUUCAGGUGGGUUUGCUGGAACUUCGCCUUGAUUUCCUGCAAAUAAUCAGUUGGUGCGUGGACAUGAUGUUCGCCAUUGACAUGGUGCUGCAAUUCUUCACAAUGUACGCAAAAACCACUCCGCGGGGAAUUGAGUGGGAGACGGAUUUGCGAAAGAUCUGUCGACACUACUUGCUCACGUGGUUCCCCUUGGAUUUUGUGACCAUCAUUCCCUUCGACGUCUUGAGUCUCACUUGGAACGCAGACAAUCUGAAGGAACUAAAGAUUGUGAAGAUUAUCAGGGCCGUGAGGCUUUUGAAGUUGAUGAGAAUUCUGAAGUCUUCUCGUUGGUUGCAUAAGCUGGAGAUUGCCCUGUCAAUACCAUACCAGCACAUCGCGUUGGUGCGGUUCCUCUUCGGUCUAGUGCUAGUUUGCCAUUGGCUCUCGUGUUUCUGGGCAAUGUGUUUGCAUUUGGUGGACGACCAAGCGACUUUGGCAGGUGGCGUCGUGCGGGAGGUGCCGAAAUGGAUCGAUGAGAUUCAAGCUGCAGAUCGGGAAUUCGGCAUUGAGACGCUUGACACCACGGCCGUGAAGAAUUAUGGGGGGACGCGGGACAGCCCCUUGAGGGUCUACAUUGCCUCCUUCUACUUUUGUAGCUACACAAUGACCUCGGUAGGAUACGGUGACCUCGGCCCCAAGAACAUCUUGGAGCGCAUCAUUUGCACCGUGAUUGUGCUGGUUGCUGGACUCUGCUGGGCACAGAUUCUGGGAGAAGUCUGUGCCAUUUCUUCGGAUAUGAACGCCGAGAACCAGGAGUUCCGGAAGAAGAUGAAUAGCCUCAACAAGAUGAUGCAGGAGCAAGGCCUGCCCCAUGACCUCAGACGCCGCCUUCGCAGUUUCUUCCUGCAGAACCGGUAUCAAUCGCAGUAUGUAGUUCGUCAAAAACUGCUCACCAACAUGAGCCCCCAGCUCCAAUCAGAAGUUUGUACCGAGAUGAAUUUGCCUUGGAUUCAGAAAGUGAGUUUCUUUGCCAAGUUUAUCAGCCAUAUGGAGAUGCUGGACUCCAAAGGUAUCGACACCGAAUCCUUCCGCGCCUGCAUCGCGGACACCUCGAGGCAGCUGAUCUGUGGUGCCUUCGCGCAGCGUGAGAGCUUCGGCAACGUGCAGAUUCUCUACAUCCUGUCCAAAGGCUUGGUGAUUCUCAACAGCCGUCUCGGCAGUAAUGGCACCGUUUGGGGAGAAGACUUCGUCCUCUCAGACACCAGCUUGAUCAGGCCUGUGUCAGGUUUCGCGAUCAGCUACAUUGAAGUGUUAGCGCUGACGCGGGAAUCCUUCAUGCCCCUUGGGCGACCCACAAAGAUCCACUGGACGAAAAUCAACCAACAGGCGUGUGUAGCUGCAGGGUGCCUUCAAUGCACGAGCUUGGAGCAUCCUGUGGGUCGCGUGCUGGAACCGACUUAUGAGCUGACAGCCUUGCCAUUGAAGCCCAUCGAAGGCAACACCAAGCUGAAGACUGCAAUUGAAAAGGUGCUCUAUGAACCCACGGAGGGUGAUGAGUUGGAUACCAUUGCAGAUCUGGUCAGCAGCAAGUCAUACCAGAAUCUUCCACAGCCUUUGGCCCUCAAGGAUGCCCUGCCCAUACCCUUCACUUUCCAGCUGGUCUUCCGCAAGCAGAAUGACACCACAUACGAAGUCCUGAAGCAUUACACCUUCUCCCAGAAGAUUGAUGUGCGCGGGCUGCAGCGGGUUGCUACUGGAGAUCUCUUCACCAUAGACUAUGGCAAAAAUUUCCGGUCAGGCUCUCAAGGUUUCCAGUACCUGCUCGAAAAGGUUGCCGACUAUGCCAUCCUUGCUUUCCAAUUCACAGCAACGCCCAAAAGCAAAUGCAAGGAGAAGUCUGCCUUGGAGCAAGGCUUUUCCUACAUCCAGAGUGAGGGCCUCAAGAGCAACAUGAAGAACCAGUGGACUGAGUGGGCAGAAAUAGAGGUCAACCGGGAUGGAAGCCCAAUCUACGGCUGGAACACUGGCUUGGUCAAGGAGUAUCUCAAAGGGUAUGCCACUGGCAAUGUCUUUGUGCAGCCCGCCUUCAACUUCUAUCUCACCAUGCAUGACCUGAGCGCCUGGUUUCUGGAGGAUGUCAUCUUUCCCCUGCUGCCAGACAUGAAGAACAAAACAUUGGUUCUUCUGGGAAAUGCGGGAGCAGGGAAACACCAGCUGCUUCGGCAGUUGCAAUGGCUUUCUCUGAAUAUUGGCUGUUGCGCGGUGACACGGCUGAGAACAUGCAGCCAAGUUUCCGCAUUGCCUCCAGCUUUGAUCAGCUCCAUGGAGAACCUGGUCUUCGUGAGCGUCCAGACAUCUUGGAUGAUGCUGACAUGA